AUGCUUCUAUUUUCCUUGUGUCUAAUCCCAUUAUUUUCUUCUUUUCUUUUGGUAUCAGGAUGGAGUAAUUAUUGGGCUGAAAAGCUUCAGGUGCCAUUCCUACAAUCAGUUCAAGCUCCAUUCAAACAAUGGACAUCGCCACCAUCCCGAAUUCUAGAAGGUGGUACGGUCAUCACUCAGAGUCGAACGCUCACUCUGCGAAGCGUGUACCAUCAUGGAACUAAAGAAUAUCCCGAAUUGCAUCGACGUCUCAGAAUCAGUCCCGAGAAGAUAAAGAAAGCGACUCUCGAAGGCAGCGAUAGCGAAUCCGAUAUUGGUCCAUUUACCGUUCCCACAGCUCCAAUAGGCAUUCACAGGCUUCGAAAGCGAGGUGUGCAGGAUAUAGAAACUUUCAAUCAAUGGCCUACCGAUCUUCCCGCAUCAGCAUGGUCUGUUGAUGAUGUUUCAGCGCCGGAUGUGACGGACAAAUCUACUGUGGUCAAUUUCGCAGUCAUGGCAGCAAACACAUAUCAACGAACUCCCGAUGAUCCUCAGUGGGAAGAUAUAAAACCUCCUUUUAAUCUUUCAUCAUCUAUUGGAUGGGAAUCAGAUGGUCUGCGGGGUCAUGUUUAUGCCGACAAUACAAAUACCACCAUCGUUAUCGCGCUGAAGGGUACAACUUCAGCUGUAUUUGAUGGGGCCGAGACAACUACAAAUGAUAAAGAAAAUGAUAAUCUGUUUGCUGGAUGUUGCUGUGGACAAGGUGGAUGGGGUCUACGAAAAGUAUGUGAUUGUAUGACGGCAACAUAUACAUGCAACGAGAUUUGUGUUUCCAAGGCAUUGAAGAAGCCAAAUCGUUAUUAUCAAGCUGCUGUGGAACUAUAUGGAAACAUUACAGAGGAAUAUCCCAAUGCCGAUGUCUGGUUGACAGGUCAUUCUCUUGGAGGACUUGUCACUACUCUCGUUGCAUUGACUUUUGGCCAUCCUGUGCUGACCUUUGAGUCGGUCCCUCAAGCAUUAGCAAUUUCUCGAUUGGCUCUUCCUACUCCACCCGGGUACAGCUCUGCUUCUGAAGCUCGUGAUAAUGUAGGUAUUUGGAAUUUCGGGCACACUGCUGAUCCCGUAUAUAUGGGUACAUGCAAUGGAGCUACAUCACUUUGUGCUUUUGCUGGUUAUGCCCUCGAGUCGACGUGUCAUGCAGGAUUACGAUGCGUAUAUGAUGUCGUUGCAGAUUUUGGUUGGAGUGUAUCUCUAUCAACUCAUGGAAUCAGAGCCUCCAUCAGAAAUGUCUACAAGAAAUAUGAUAAAGCUCCUACAUGUGUUUCCGACACCGAAUGUGUCGAUUGCUUCAAUUGGAAAAGAGAAAAAGGACCUCACUCUACUUCUUCAAGUACUACAGCUAGUACAACAUCCAAACCAAGGACUCGAACCGAAACUUGCAAAACUCCUGGUUGGUGGGGGUGUCUAGAUAAAACCAGUGCAAGCACGACGUUUACAUCGACAACAACAAUCACCUCGACAUCUUGUAGGAGUUAUGGGUGGUUUGGACGAUGCUUAGACCCAACUUCCACUACAUUCACCUCUAAAACGACUAUUAUCGAAGCUUCGGCAACUAUUCAUGAACUUCCUGCCACUAUUACUAGCAGCGAAAGUUCCGCCAAUGGAUUCAAGACUGGAGUGGCUCAAUCACAUCAAAUAACUUCUAUUCCGAUAGCUCCAAUAUGA